AUGUCAGCUUCAAUUAAUUUCUCAAACUUUUCAUUGAAUCAAAUCGAUAGAGGAGGUCAGUUUCCCGAAGGAGUAGCCACUGUCUGGCUAUUGAGUACACUGGGUAAUUCCACAACUCGUGGUUCAAAUGCUAGAGCUGUCUCUUCCAGCACAAUAUCAAAUACUUCGUCGGUCAAGAAAAAAGAUAUUAUCAACGUUUCCAUUCCUGAUACUUGCAUGAUCAUCCAAAGUAAUGAAAUGCAGUUACCAUUGCGCUAUGUAUCUAAUCUGCUAUAUGGUGUUACUAUAUGUUACAACAGAAAAACAGAAUAUGUUCUUAGCGAUUUGACCAGUCUUCUAACCCAGUUGCAAAAAAGAAUAUACGGUGGACAAGGUGGCACCGGUCAAAAGAAAUAUUCUAAGAGCAACAGCAAGGUUAUAAACAAUACAAUUUUAAAUUUUGAUGAGAAUGAUGGAGGUAAUGGUUUAUUGAGUGAUGAUCCACUCUUUGAUAUCUCACAAAUUGGAGAUUUUGAACAAAUGCUGGGAACGGUACCAAGGGAUAAUAUAUCUGAAGCCAUUACCAUUAGAAAACAAGACUAUUUGAGGGAAUUGACUAAUUGGAAUGCCUUUGAGAAACCAGCUCAUCUGGAACAAUCAAGUUCCUUAGAGCAUUGGAAUAGGUCGAUGACAUUAGAUGAUAUACCCAUCGACGUCGAUUUUAAUCUCGAUAUUGAGGAUGUAAUGAGUCAGCAGGGUACUGUAACAGGAUCUAGUGUAGAUUCAAAUGCGUUGCGGAACGGUAAUGAUCUUAACGUGAAUUUCGAUAAUCAAGACUUUACGUUAAAUUUUGAAGAAGAUGAAGAUGAAGCUAACCAAGGCGAUAUUCAAGGUGGACCUAGAGCAGAACCCAACAUUCCUCUGGGCCUACCAGAGGAAGAAGAGGAAGAUAAAGAAGAAACGUCCUUUGAAACUGAACACCGUGAAAAUGGGCCACCACUAAAAAAAUUUAAAAAGGGUAAUGCUCCCGAUACAGCGGCUACUACAAUCCGCUUAAUACAAUUCGAUGAAAGAACAGGUUUAUCCACGGAGGUUCUUAAAAGUAAUCACAAUAAUUACUGUGAAAGCAUGGAUGGUAGACGGAGACGUGAAGAAAGCAAAUCAAAUCUCAACUCUUGGCAACAAGUUAUGGACCUCGAAAAACAACCUGAAUUUCUACAAAAAUGUUGGAAUUUUGUCCUGAAUGAUAAAGGUGAAACUGAUUUAACAUUUGUUCAUGGAAGGGUCGGUUUUGACAGUGCUUCUAUUGAAAGAGGCCGUAAUCACUCUCGUUCUAAUUCGACUUCUCAGAGAUCGAGCAGCAAUGUUCCCAGCGAAGAAAUGGGUAGAAGAAUGGUAGUCAGUAGAGAUAAUUCUGUCGAUUACAACACCAAUGAAAAUCUGCUUUUGAAUCUUGACCAAAUAAAUGAGGAAUUAGAGGAUGAUUCCUCUAGGGAUACAUCCACUCACCCACAUGAUUUUAUGCAAGUGAACCUGGAGCUACCUCCAUCCAGUUUUGGGAGAACAUACACACGGACUGGCACAGGUAAUGAUACAUUUAGUGGUAGCUCUAGUACCAGUGGCGAACGUGAUGCGAUUGACGUUCUAUACCAAAGAACUAAAGGAAGCACCCAUAAGAGAAGAACCCAUAGAGAAAGCUCAAAUACUUUCGAAAGCCGGGAAUUAAGCGAAAUACCUCCAGUGUAUGACCAUGACUUUACUAGACUUCCUUUUCAAGUGGUAUUGGACUACCAAGCUCGCAAGUUCUACGACUACAUCCGGGAAAGGUCCCUCUUCGUCGGCAAAACCACAAGGUCCAAUCCACCUUUCAAAAGAAAGCUAUUAUUCGAAGACAUUGUUCCCAGCAAACUAACGACAGAUGGGGAUGAUGCUGAUGUUGAUAAUUAUAACCUGGACGAACAAAGUGAAGAACGUCCGACUAUAAGUAAAAGAAUUGCAGCAAGCGCAUUUCUUUCAUUGCUCAACCUUGCUUCAAAAGAAUUAAUUGACAUCAGAGAAUAUCAGGAUCAGGACGCCGAUGAUGGAUUCAAAGUCAUGAAAGGAGAUGACAUUGUUGUGUAUGCCUAA